AUGAUGAGGUUUGUGGUUCUCGCUGUCGUGGUAGCUAGCGCCUAUGGAUGUGGCCUGCCCACCUUCCCCCCUGUGCUGAGCAGGGUGGUUGCAGGAGAAGAUGCCAGGCCUCACAGCUGGCCCUGGCAGAUCUCCCUCCAGUCGGACAGCAGUGGGCGCUGGAGGCACGUCUGUGGAGGCAGCCUCCUCUCCAGUGAAUGGGUCCUCACUGCUGCACACUGCAUCAACUCCCGCUACAACUACAGAGUGGAGUUGGGUAAACACAACCUGAAGGACACCGAGGAGGGCUCGAUAGCUCUGAGGGCAGCCAAGAUCUUCACUCACGAGGACUACAACACACUGCUCAGCCGUCAUGACAUCGCCCUGAUCAAGCUGUCCUCUCCUGUCACCUUCUCUGACACCAUCAUGCCCGCCUGCCUCCCAGACCCGGGCUUCGUCCUGCCCCAUGGUGCUCCCUGCUACGUCACCGGCUGGGGGCGACUCUCCACCAGCGGUCCCCCGGCCGACACCCUGCAGCAGGCUCUCCUGCCGGUGGUCGGCCAUGAUACCUGCUCCCAGAAUGACUGGUGGAGCGUCCUGGCCACCGACAAGAUGGUCUGUGCCGGAGGAGAUGGCAUCAAGGCCGGCUGUAAUGGCGACUCCGGUGGCCCCCUCAACUGCCAGAACCCUGAUGGCUCCUGGGACGUCCAUGGCGUGGUGAGCUUCGGCUCCGGUCAGGGCUGCAAUGUCCUCCAGAAGCCCACCGUCUUUACGCAAGUCAGCUCCUACAUCGACUGGAUCAACAGAGUUAUGACCAACCACUGA